UACAGAAAUUAUAACCAAAUUUUGUGAAUUCGCUUUUGCACCGAUGGACUGAUUUUGACAGCCGCUCUUCAUCUUCAUCUUCAUCUUCACAGUUUCACAAAUUUUUGCCACAAAAUCGAUCGAUUGUGAAUAAAAAUAAGAAAACAUCAAAAAAGACCAGACAAUGGAACAAACAAACAUCAGUGAUGCUGAAAAAGUGAGAAUCGUGUCGGAUUUUAUUCUUCAUGCACCGCCUGGAGAAUUCAAUGAAGUGUUCAACGAUGUCCGCGAGUUGCUCAAGAACGAUGGACUUCUCAAAGAAGGUGCUAGCUCGGCGUUUGCUCAGUAUAAUAAAGAUCAAUUAACACCGGUCAGGAUUGAGGGAAGCGAUCACAAUGCUGUUAUAUCGGAACACAAUGAUUUAGGAAGCGGACGCUUUUAUGAUCCACGCACUAAACAAUCGUUUAAAUACGAUCACUUGCGAAAAGAAGCCACUGACUACCAAAAUUUAGAAAGCGAUGUAUUAGCAGAGCCAUGGCGUUCUGCACUCGACAUUGAAGCAAUUGCAUAUACUUCAAACCAUUACAGACACGGCGUAUGCUCCGUGUUUGGAAAGUCACAAGGUGGCCAAAUUACAUUAACCAUCUGUAUUGAAGACCAUCAAUUUCAGCCGAAAAAUUACUGGAAUGGACGAUGGCGAUCUCAGUGGCAUGUAAGCUUUCAACCAGGCAGUGGUAGUGCGGAACUUAAAGGUGUCUUAAAAGUGCAGGUGCAUUACUACGAAGACGGUAAUGUACAAUUAGUGUCAUCGAAAGAGUGCCGCGAUGCUCUCAUAGUAACUAAUGAACAACAAACAGCCAGAGAGAUUAUUCGAUUAAUUGAAGAAGCCGAAAACGAAUAUCAACAGGCAAUAUCCGAAAACUACCAAACAAUGUCGGACACAACAUUCAAGGCUAUGCGCCGACAACUUCCAAUCACCCGAACUAAGAUCGAUUGGACCAAAAUCGUGUCGUAUAGUAUUGGUAAAGAACUGAAAACGCAAUAAGGCAUUUAUAUACAAAAAAAAGAUUACUCUUCAUUUUUCUUUAAACGAAACAAAAACAAAAACAAAAAACCUAUUAAAACAAACAAACAAACAAAAAACAAAAUAAAGAAAAUUUAUCAACUUAUAUAUAUACUUUGUUGUGCAAAUAGUGGCUGGCUUAUACAAAAGCAGAAAGUAUUUCAAAAGUAUGCCGUUCAAAACAAAAUUGUAUUAAAUUAAUAAACAUUUAUAUUUAGUUUC